AUGAUUAAAAAUGAACCAUUAAAUGACAUUGUAGUGGACCCAAUGGAAGUUGGGCAAAUUAAAAUUGAAAUAUUAGAAGAAUGUUGCAAUGAUGUUGAUAGUGAUGGUGUUGUAAGUGUAAAACAUGAACCCGUUGAGGAAAAUGAUGAACAAUUGUGUACAAUUAAUUAUGAAAAUAUUAAACGUGAAAAUGAAUUACAAACAGAAUUUAUUAGUGUUCAAGGUGGAAUAGAAACUGUUUUAGAAGAACAAUCAUUUCCAUGUGAUAUUUGUAAUAAAACAUUUACUAAUCAACGUUAUUUAGCUCAGCAUAAACGUAUUCAUAGCAGAGAAAAAGUGUUUUCAUGUGAUAUUUGUAAUAAAACAUUUAAUCUGCAACGUUAUUUAGUUCAACAUAAACGCAUUCAUGGUGAAAUAAAAUCAUUUUCAUGUGAAAUUUGUAAUAAAACAUUUAAUCGAAAACCUAAUUUAAUUCGACAUAAACUUGUUCAUAGCGGUGAAAAAGAAGUUUCAUGUGAAAUUUGUGAUCAAACAUUUACCGAUCAACGUUAUUUAGUUCAACAUAAACGUGUUCAUAGCAGAGAACAAGAAUUUUCAUGUGAUAUUUGUCGACAUCAACGAAUUCAUACCGGAGAAAAACCAUUUUCAUGUGAUUUGUGUGAUAAAACAUAUACUUAUAAAUGGGAUUUAGUAAAACAUAGACGACUUCAUAGUGGAGUAAAACCAUUUUCAUGUGAUAUGUGUGAUAAAACAUUUACUCAGAAACCUAAUUUAAUUCGACAUAAACAAACUCAUAGUUGA